ACGUUCGGAUAUCCAUUCGGAUUCGGUUCGGAUAAUUCGUUUUUUGGAUUUUCGGUUUUUAGAUUAAAACCCAUUCGGAUAUUUUUGGAAUUUUGGUUCGGGUUCGGUUAUAUUCGAUCGGGUUCGAAAUUUAAAAACCGUUCGGAUAUUUUAUCAAUUUCGAUUCGGGUUCGGUUUCUCUUUUUCAGGUCGGGUUCGGAUAAAUUAUUCGGGUUCGGAUAAUAUGCCCAGGCCUACCGCCGUACUCUUUUAUAA